CCAAAGUUUGCCCAUGCCUAGUCUACACUGACCAUUAUGAUGCAGUUCAAAUUGCAUUAUAUGGCAUUAUAGAUGGGACCUUGGGUAAUUCCUGCGUCAUCCCACUUUCCCAACUGCUUUUGACAUGUCCCAGCUUCUCCCUCUUCUCCUCCAAUUAUCCCAUUCCUUCAAUGGCUGCAAACUGAGAUCAUAUUGCAAAAGUUGUUAACUCAGCCGGGAGAAGAGGAUGGUGCAAGAUCUUCCCUUUCCCAGGAGAUUCAGGCAAGAGCAAACUGCUGAAGAGUCCAUCUACACUUCGAAAUGAAUGUAAUUUGGCACCAUUUUAACCAACCUAACAGUGCUAUGGAGCCCUGGGUGUUUCAGCUUGAGCUUGCUUUGUCUAAGAGCUCUGGUGCCUCACCAGACUACAGAUUCCAGCAUCCCAUAGCAUUGAGCCCUGGCAGCUCAAGUGGUGCCAAACUGUGUUAAUUCUACAGUAGAUGCACCCAUAGCCUUUCCCAGCUUGUGUACAUUCCCUCAUCUGUAAUUUUUGUCAUCUUGAAUUCUAGAAUUUUUAUAUGGAAUGUUGGAAGUGUCAGAGCGCGCGGUUUGGAUAAACACACAUGCAGCGGAAGAUCAACGAAGAAUCACUGGCACCAAUAAAGAGGCUUAAGCCUCUACAAAAGAUUUACUAACAAACGGAAAACUCUCAAGAUGAUAUAUACAGACAGAGUGCAGAUAGACAGAGAGCAGAGGGCAGAGGGAAGAACAGAUAACACAGGGAGCUAUUUAUAACCACCUCUGCUGUCUGAUGCAAUACACAGUUAACUCUUUACACACUCGCAUAGUGGACAGCAGACAUUGCAACACUAUAACUCAAUUACAUUUAAACAAGUAAGUAAGUAAGUAAAAGUUUAUUUGUAUACCGCCCUCUCUCCCAAAAGGGACUCAGGGCGGUUUCCAAUAUAAAAUCAGCAUAAAACAUUGUACAAUAAAACACUGAAAACACUAUAAAACGCUAUAAAACAACUCUAUAUACAAUCAUUCCCACUUCAACCGGAAGUUAUGCCACCAAGUCCUGGCUGGUCUUCUGGUCUCCAAGGUUUAUAAUGCUCUGCCCUGUUGCUUUUUUCAUUGGGCACCAAGGCUUUUCUUAACUAAUGCACGUUGUUGCUUGACCCUAGCCGGUGAGACAUAGUGCAGCAGAUUUCACCUAGAAUAAUCCUGAGUCGAGGGAGGUGGAAGCUGUCCAGAAAAGGACAAAGGCCUGGAAACCAUGAUUCCCCCUGAAGAGCGGCUUAAAGAACGGAGCCUGUUGAGGUUAAAGAAGAGAAAGUUGAGAGAAUGGGACAUGAGGGCCAUGUUUAAACCUUUGAAAGGAUGUCCAGUUGUUUUCUGCUGCUCUGGAGAUGGGACACCAUGGACAUCAGAGUAGUCUCUUAUUUUGGAGGCUAGAUGGUCAUCUGUUGGAGGUGCUUGGAUGGUGGUUUCCUGCCUGGCUGAAGGGGCUUGGAUUAGCUGGCCCAUGGGAUCUCCUCCAAUGCUAUGAUUCUAUGGUUCUAGAUUAUUUUGAGGGCCCUUCCAACUCUAGGAUUUGGAGUUCAGAGGAGUCCCUUUCUCUGGAAGUGUUCAAACAGAGGUUGGAUGGAGAGCUUGGAUGGUGCCUCUCAAGAGGCACCAUCCUCUUGGAGUGGAUGGGGUCUCUCAAGUCUAGGGUCCUAUGCUUCUGGACAUUCAUUCCACCUGACAUCAAGCAAGGAGAAGCUUCCGCAAACUGGGCUCCAGUCCAACCAGUCUCCCAGCCUGGGACUCACCCAUCUCACCGCCCCCAUAUUUUGGGAACGUGCCGGGCUGGGCUGGAUUACAGGGGAAUGUUUGGUGUGAGGCAGUGGCUGUCUGUGGUGUGGCAAGCCCCAGCGCAUCCCCGCCCGCCUGGCUCUCUUUAAAUGCAGCCCGGCUCAGAGGGCAGGGCUCAGAGGGAACGGCACCAUGGAGGCACACAGGCACCUGCUCGCCCUGGCGCUCCUUCUGCUCGCCUUCGGGCAACACCUGACCUCCUCGGCCCCAAGUUCAAGAGAAGCCAAGAAGGGCUACUGCUACCAGGUGCCUCCGCUGGGCGAUGUCUUUGACGAGAAGGACUGCAGCGCCUGCGAGAAGAAUGGGACCUGCUCCACUUGCGCCAGAGAUGCCCAGUGCCCAGGGACCCAGAAAUGCUGCCCCGGAGACUGUGGCUACGUCUGCCAGGAGGCCAUUUUUGACUUUUGCCAGCUGCCUUCCAUCUGUGGCAACUGCAAGGCCAUGUUCUCCCGCUUCUUCUACAACACCUCCAGCCUGAAAUGCGAGCAGUUCGUCUAUGGAGGUUGUGGUGGGAACAAGAACAACUUUGAGACAGAAGAUGAAUGCUUCAAAACCUGCGGGUUCAUGGAUUCAGCCUAGCAACCUUCAAUGGUGAAAGUCAAUGAGGUGGUUUUUGCCCUCUUUUCCAUCAUUCAUGACCCCAUUUCACCUCUGUAGAUGCAGCUUCUUUCCUGGCCCAGUGGAAAGAACAAGGAGACUUUUUCCACCAUUGAUUGCUGCGGGAAGAAAGAUGCGGCCAAGGCAGCAAGGGCAGCCCUUCUGCCCUUCUCCGUCCACUUUCAGUCACUUUCCUGCUCUCCAUGUCUCCAGAAGCUUCCCAUCCCACCAUUCAUAUAUUUUCAUGGAUGCCAAACAUACCUGUGUCCUGGGAAGACCUAUGUGCCCCAGUAACAGAGCUUCGAAGCUCCAAGUUUAUUGUAGUUUCCCCAUACUACUCACAGAAAGAUGAUUCCUUUCUUUGGAGACGAAACCUCCCCCUCUUGGUCCCCAGAUGGACUGUUCCUUUUUGCUGGGAUAUACAGAAGCUUUGGGGUGGCUGGCCUCUCCCCAUUUCGCAUGGGCUCCUUUGCUGAGACUGCCAGGCCCUACCUUGGACUUGCUUGCUGCUCCUCCAAGGCUCUCUGUGUCUGGUUGGCAGCUGGAAUAGAAGCAUUCAUUCAAAGGAAUAAAUCCUUAUUCAGCUCUCUAUUCCCUUGAAGAGGAUUAUGGAGACAAAGCCAGACCUUUCUUGUAUUGUAAAAGUUAUAUCUGAGGGCACUUCCAGACAGUGCCAAAAUGCGGGUUAUAAAACAGAGGCAAAAAAAUCUCGGGACCUGGCAUCAAAUCCACACACAGACCUGUCAGUCCUUGGAAAUGCUCCCCUGCCAUCCUCUCAUCUUCCCUUGAAGUGGAUCAAGAUGGAGGGCGGAUGGGGGACAUCCGGUGGAAGGGGUUUUUUAAAAAGAGAAAUCUCUCCAAGAUGUGCUGGACCUCAUAUGCGCACAUGUGAACAUCUUUAUGUAGACACAAGCAGAUUUCUUAUUUUCUUUCCUCACCCAACUCUAAAGUCAAGCCCUGUUUAAUAUUAUAAAGAUUAAAAGAAAGGAAUGGUUUCAGAGAGUUCUCAUUGCUUUCCAGUUGUGCUUCCCUUGAGCCACCUGUGUCCCUGUGGCUCCAUGUUUUGACAGUCCGAUCAACUGAACAGCUGUUUUGGGCUUUUAAAAUGCACACAUACACUGGAGCAGUACACACAGGGGGAAAGGGAGGGAAAGCAUGUGUUUUGCAUGCUAAAGGUGUACCUUUUUUUGGGUGGAAUUGGGUUUUAAGCUCACAUUUUAACAUGCGCUUUUCAGUUGUUAACCUGAUUUCACCCACACUUUGUGAAACCCCUUUUACUUCCAGGGUUUUAGGCAUGUGUAGAAGAACCCUGAGAACCAGAGCUUCCUCUCUGUUAGAAGGGCUCUGAAGGUGUCUUCCUGUGGGGCAGAAUGGGGAUGGACUGGAUGGCCCUAGAGGGUCUCUUCCAACUCUAGGAAUCUGUGAUUCUAACUAAGGAAAGUGGCUGUCCAGUGAGGCUGAACUGAUUGCAGCCCCACUGAAUGUCUGGAGGACCGCUGUUCUGCUGUGGGAUAGAGAUGGACUGUGAUGGAGGCUUCAGGGCUAGUCUGGAGACCUGCUAUUUCUGACUGGUUUUAGAAUACUAGAUUCACAGAGUUGUAAGAGACCCCAGGGAACAUCCAGUCCAACCUCCUUCUGCCAUACAGGAAAAGCACAAUUAAAGCCCCCCACCCGACAGAUGGCCAUCCAGCCUCUGCUUAAAAGCCUUGAAAAGAAGCCUCCACUGGACUCCGAGGCAGUGAGUUCUUGGACUGGGUUGCUGUGAGUUUUCCGGGCUGUAUGGCCAUGUUUCAGCAGCAAUCUCUCCUAACGUUUCACCUGCAUCUGUGGCUGGCACCUUAGAACCUCUGAAGAAGCCAGCCACAGAUACAGACAAAAUGUUAGGAGAGAACACUGCCGGAACAUGACAAUACAGCCCAGAAAACUCACAGAAACCCAGUGUUUCCGGCUAUGAAAGUCUUUGACAGUUUUUGGAUUUACUGGCCUGUGCAGAUGGUCCCUGAGUGGAGCAAUGUAUCUCCAUUGCAAGGCCUGUGAACUCUGCCCCUCGUACUCCAUCCCUCCACCUGGCCAACAAAAAAUUUGCAAAAGACACAAAAGAAGUGGCAACGGAUGGUUUAUAGGGUGCCCUCAAUGUGUGUGGCCCUGCUGGGUUUGUAAAGCAAGCUGGGAAGGAGGAAGCUGGAGGGAUGCAGUGGUGGUGGAGGGCGGCUGAGAUGUGGUCUUCAUCUUGGAGGUUUCCUCUGUAGCUUAGGGCCCUGUAAAAGAGAAGAGAGGAGAUAGUGAGAGGCUGGGCUGUGGCGUAGGCUGGUGAGCAGCCUGCUGCAAUAAAUCACUCUGACCAUGAGGCCAUGAGUUCAAGGCCAGCCCAUGGAGGGGUGAGCACCUGUCAAUUAAAAAUAAAAAAUAGCCCCUGCUCGUUGCUGACCUAGCAACCCGAAAGAUAGUUGCAUCUAUCAAGUAGGAAAUAAGGUACCACUUAUAAAAGUGGGGAGGCAAGUUUAACUAAUUUUUACGACAUUGGAAUGAGGAAGUGCCGUCAGAGUGGAUGAUGAAGCAGCUGCUCCCCCCUGUGGCCAGAAUCGAACAUCCCCUCAUGUGAUGACUCAUGGGCCAUGUAGUCCCGUUCCUAGUACUAUUGUGGCAGAUGAAGAGGAAAACUUGGGUUUCCCACCGUUUCAGCCAGAAUUGGAGCCCUUGCACCUGCAAGAUGUUUGCCCACAAGAAGUCAGCCAAACAAGCCUUGAGCAGAAAUCUCCCCCAUUUUCUCGCCGGGAUUAUUAUAAUCGAGAUAGAGGCGCUAGGGAGGCGAAUCGCAGAAGCGCCAGGAUUGCUGCCAGACAAUUAGCUGAUUAAGCCUGUUUGGGAAAUCUUAAGGAGUCAUGCAUCUGGACACAGUAUAGGUUUCGUUUCUUGUUCCCCAGGGAAAGUGUUCCUUGGCGGGAAAACAAGAUCCUAUAUAGGUGUUUACCCGCAAGGAAAUCCUUGCGGAGUCAAUUCGUCACCUUGUGGAGUGAGAUCGUGUGUGGACUACGCUACUCCAAUCCCUUGCCUCCAGGACCAAGUUCCAAGCCUUGUUUCACGGACCUUGUUCUAGCAUCAAGCUUCCCUUGUUUCCACGGACCACGCCACGGACCUUGUUCUUGCUUCUUGCCUCUUGUUGCUACGUAUCAAGCCUUGUUUGCCAAGAAUCUAGUUUGCUUCCAGCCUUGUUGUCAAGCUCCAUUGGACUAAAGGACCCUGUCAUUUCCCCACACUUUGCUUGGCAAAGUGUGUGUUUCGGUUAUUGGAUUAUAACUUUGGACUCUAAUAUCACAUAUUGGACAUUGUUUUCCUGGACUAAAUUAGACCUUUCUAACACUUGUUUUUAUUGACUUUAUAUAUUCCUUUAAUAAAGAUAUUAGAUAGA